ACAAACAACUCCCACAGUGGCUGAAAUAAAAGGAGAGAGGGGAACGAGAGAGAUCUCCACAUUCUUCCAUCCAGAGCACCAACUCUGUGAUUUCUGUUCUCAAGAACCGGUUUCCACAUUUCCUCUCGCAAUGACCUCUAGUUAUAGCUUCAGGCAAUCUUCUUCUGUCUCAGGUGGAGGGUUUGGGGGAGCUUCUUUCAGGGCUCCAAGCAUCCAUGGUGGGUCUGGUGGCCGGGGCAUCUCUGUCUCUUCUGCAAGGCUGGUCUCCUCAGGGGCUGGAGGAGGCCUAGGUAGUGGAUAUGGGAUGAGUGGCUAUGGAGGAGGUUUUGGUGGCAGUGCUGGCUUUGGAGGAGGUUUUGGUGGAGGGGCUGGAGGUGGGUUUGGAGGCAGCAUGGGUGCCAGUGAUGGCCUCCUUACUGGAAAUGAGAAGAUAACUAUGCAAAAUCUCAACGACCGCUUGGCAAGCUAUCUAGAUAAGGUGCGUGCCCUGGAGGAAGCCAACUCAGAUCUGGAGGUUAAAAUCCGGGAGUGGCACCAGAAGCAAGGACCAACUGCUACCCGUGACUAUAGUCCAUACUACAAAACCAUUGAAGAUCUCCGAGAAAAGAUUCUUGAUGCAACAAUUGGAAACUCUAAAAUUGUCCUGCAGAUUGACAAUGCUAGGCUGGCUGCUGAUGACUUCAGAACCAAGUUUGAGACAGAGCAAGCUCUGCGCAUGAGCGUUGAGGGUGACAUCAAUGGACUGCGCAGAGUCCUGGAUGAGCUGACCUUGACCAGGACUGAUAUGGAGUUGCAGAUUGAAUCUCUGAAGGAGGAACUUGCCUACCUCAAGAAGAACCAUGAGGAGGAGAUGGCUGCACUUUCAGGACAACUUGGAGGCCAAGUGAGUGUGGAAGUUGACUCUGCGCCAGGGAUCGAUCUCACCAAGAUCUUGGCUGAUAUGAGAGACCAGUAUGAAUUGAUGGCUGAGAAGAACAGAAGGGAAGCUGAGGCUUGGUUUACCAGCAAGACCGAAGAACUGAAUAAAGAAGUUGCCGUCAAUACCGAACAGCUUCAGUCCAGCAAGACGGAGAUCACAGACUUGAGACGCACCUUCCAAGGCCUAGAGAUUGAGCUGCAAUCUCAGCUUAGCAUGAAAACUGCUCUGGAAAACACCUUGGCAGACACAGAAUGUCGCUACAGUGCCCAGCUGGCACAGAUCCAGGGCCUGAUCAGCAACAUGGAAGCACAACUAGUUGAACUCCGAGCCGACAUGGAGCGUCAAAACAGCGACUAUAAAAUGCUGAUGGACAUCAAGAGCCGAUUGGAGCAGGAGAUUGGGACUUACCGUCAGCUUUUGGAUGGCCAAGAGCUCCACUUUUCAGGAAUUAAUGACAAAGCAGCUGAUGGCAAGAAGUAGUCAAGAGUUCGCUCCUCUUCAAGAAGCAAGAUACAAAAGGAGGGGGUCGCUGCUAUUACUAAUCCAUGGAAAUUAGCAUUUCCAAAUCAUUUGCAGAAAAAAACUCUUGAAGAUGCAUUCUUGAAUAGGGUGGGAUCCAACAGUUUAUUUUGCAUUAUUAGUCUAUGGUUUUUGCAUUUUGGUUUCCAUGCUGGCUGUUUUUUGGCAUCAAAGAGGAAUUUUGGGAAAUGGAAGACAGAUUUGGUAUAAGCAAAAAUGCAAGAUAUAAAACAUAUAAAUGGUGUCCCUAAAUGAAACAUGUUUCAUUCAUUUUUGUUGUUUUUCUAAAUGGCACACAUUAAGGUCUGAAAGGUCUUUUCACUCUUUUUUAAACGUUUCAUAAGAGUGCAUGAACAAAAUGCCAAUAGGGUGCUGUGUGGUUUCCGGGCUGUAUGGCCGUGUUCUAGCAGCAUUCUCUCCUGACGUUUUGCCUGCAUCUGUGGCUGGCAUCUUCAGAAGAUCUGAAGAUGGAUCUGUGGCUGGCAUAUUCAGAUGAUCCCUGGACGAACCCCAAAUUCUGACUAUAACUUCUGCAUCUCUCAUUCUGGGUGGUUGGGGGUCAUUUGAUGGUUAAUUUGACUUUCCUGCCCUUAUCUUUACGUACGUUCUUUGUACUGCCUAAUAAAACUCUUUCUUGCAAAUGUAAA